AUGGAGAACUACGAGAAGGUGGCGAAGAUCGGUGAGGGGACGUACGGGGUAGUGUACAAGGCGAAAAGCCUUCGAGAUGACGCCAUGGUGGCGCUGAAGCGCAUAAGGCUCGAUCAGGACGACGAGGGGGUGCCGUCGACUGCGAUUAGAGAGAUCUCGCUCCUCAAAGAGCUGCGUCACGAGAACGUGGUGUCCCUCCUCGAGGUGAUUCACGAGGAGACAAAACUGUACCUGGUGUUCGAGUACUUGGAUCUGGACCUGAAAAAGCACAUGGAUUCCUCCCCGCACAUCUCGAACGAUCGGAUGGUGAUAAAGGGAUAUGUCUACCAGAUAUGCGCGGGCAUCGCGUUUUGUCACUCGCACCGAGUGCUCCAUCGUGAUCUAAAGCCACAGAAUUUGUUGAUCGAUACGACGAAUAAUGUGUUAAAGUUGGCAGAUUUUGGCCUGGCGCGGGCGUUCGGCAUCCCCGUACGUGCGUACACUCACGAAGUUGUGACGCUCUGGUAUCGUGCGCCAGAAAUUCUCCUCGGAGUGCGCACGUACUCAACUCCAGUGGACGUUUGGAGCAUAGGAUGCAUUAUGGCGGAGAUGGUUAAUCACGCGCCCCUGUUUCCGGGCGAUUCUGAGAUCGAUGAAUUGUUCAAAAUCUUCAAAACUUUGGGUACUCCGGGCGAGACCUUGUGGCCCGAGGCGAAGCAGUUGCCAGAUUACCAAGAGGGAUUUCCAAAGUGGAAGGCGAAGCCGUGGGAGUCGCUGUGCCCAGCCCUGGACGAAGCUGGCGUAGACCUCUUGAGAUCGUUACUGCAGUACUCACCAGAGAAGCGUAUAAGCGCCAAAUACGCGACGCAACACAGAUGGUUUGAUGACUACAGGGAACACAUCGGUCGCUGA